ACAUUUUUCGGUUUUUGAAAAGAUGGAAAAACGAGCGUUGCACUUUCAAUAUAUUUUCGAAGUGUAUCUGCUGUUCGGGAUACGACAAACCAACGCUUUUAUUUAUUUUACUGAUUGCUAAUAAUUUACUGAUAACAUUAUGAGCAUUCAACAAUCUUUGCUACUUACUGAGGCCAAUAAAUAUAUAUGUACAAAUGGGUUCAUGUUUAUACCCGUAAAAUAUGCACAAGGAUAUCUACAGUCGCUGCCUUAAUUGUGAAAAGAUUGUCCGACAAACAUUCAGAGAGAGUCUAUGUCAGCAACCAGAAGCAAUCAAGGGAAUGGAGGCUUCUGAACAGCAUUUCAGGGACAAAGGAAGGCGACGAUUUCAGUACGCUAACCUUCGUUGGAUUCACAUUCAUUUCUUCGGUUUUGCUUCUUACAAGGAUAAUUCAACGAAAUUCAAAUUAUGAUACUUGCGAAAUAAUUCUCUUAUGUUUUGGAUGUCUGUUCUUCACAAUCGAGGGAUUGCUCAUACUUUUCACUGUGGAACAGUUGCCUGAGGAGAUUUUAACUUUUGCCUUCCUUCUGGGAGCACUUUCUUUUUUUUGUGCGGCCUUGUUCGCUGUGGAUCUGAUGCUGUUCAAGAACCUGCUGAAGUCCAAGAACGCCUCUGCCCAAACGGAUCAGCAAUUGAAGGAAUCUGCAACUGUGACAAUGAAAGUGUUUAAUGUUUCUAAUGCAGACAAAACCAGUUGUUGCAAGAGCUCUAAUCUUCCUCAGUUGAAUGUGAGAAAUGAACAAAGUGUUUUACGCACCGAUCUGUAAGGGAAAUGUAACCCAUUUACGGUGAACAAACUGGCCGAUCUGUGCAAAAAUUAAAUUCACCUUUUUACAUACAUACAUAUACGCAUCUGUCAUUACUUUUAUUGCCUUAAUUUUUCAAAUGUUGUGAAACAAAAUAUGCAUUUUAAGAUCGUGCUGUUUGAAGUAACUAAUUUGAAUUUGAAUGAUUAAUAAAAGUUUGACAUCAAUAAACGCUAAAAGCAUUUCC